AUGCGGCCAAUCAUGCGGCACAGUGGCUUUUGCACAAUCUGCCUCCAUCUUCGCGGUCUUUUCAAUGUUUUGCAUAUGCCGGACCUAAAGAUCUUCAAAGUUACAGAAAAAGAGAAUCAUGCGUACGUGCUUCAAAAAGCAGAGUGCGAAGUCUACCUGAGCACAGAGCAUGUAGCCAAGGACAUCAAAGCAGCGCUUGAGCAUGCACCUGAAAUUCAAUACAUGGCUGCCCCAAGUCUCGAUGACUUAUUCCGAGACAAGGAGCCGAUUGCAAUUGAAUACACCAAACCCUGGGAUGACGCGAAGGAUGACCCGUGGCUAGUAUUUCACAGCUCUGGCACAACAGAGGCUCCAGCAAGCUUGCCAGAUGUCGCAGAGAGCCAUAUUCAUCAAUACGCCAACAAACGAUGGUAUACACACUUGCCAACAUUACAUUAUGUGGGGAUGGUAAUGGUACUCUUCAUCCCCCCAUUCAUCAACAUGACAGCCAUCCUUCCACCUCCCGACCAAUCCCCAGAAAACGUGGCGAAGAUCUUGCGCUAUGCCCGUGCGGACGGUGCUCUAUGCACACCGCUACUGUUGAGUCAGAUGUUGUCUUUCACGGAUGGCGUAGAAGCUUUGAAAAGCCUGGAAUAUGUCCACUAUGCCGGCGCUCCUCUAGCGCGCCACCUGGGGAAUCAAAUAAUCUCUGACACCAAGUUAGCCCCUCUUAUUGGCUGUACCGAGUCAGGACACCAUUUCACCGAGACACGGCCGGACGACAAAGAGGACUGGGAUUACUUCAAGUUCCAGCCACAUGCAGGCGUCGAGUUUGAGCAUCGGGCUGAUGACUUUUAUGGAAUGGUGUUUGUCCGUCGACCAGAAUGCGUCAUGCAGCCGAUUUUUAUUGCAUUUCCUGAACUGGAGAGAUUUGAGACCAAGGAUUUGUGGAUUCAGCACCCUACUCGUAAGGGGCUCUGGAAGAUUGUCUGCCGGAUGGAUGACUUCGUUUCCCUCACCGACGCGAAGGGAUACUUUGUCUCUUCGUUUGAGCGGGAGAUUGAGCAACACCCGCGUGUAGAGGCUGCUUUGAUAGGAGGCAACGGGUGCUCCGAUCUAGUCCUUCUCCUUGAGAUUACAAACGACGGGGUCGAUGUCGACACGGAAAGCGGGCGGCGUUCUUUCUUUGAGAGCUUAGAACCGUACCUUUCCAAAAUCAGUGAUUCGAGUCUCCUCAAACUGGAACCGAAACUGACAAUAAUUGCUCGGAAGGACAAGCCAUUUGUCCGGACUAUUAAGGGGACACUAGCUAGGGUACCUAUUCUGCAGCUUUAUGAAGAUGACAUUGCUGCACUUUUUGAUGGGUCUACGUAA